CUGGUGGGAGGCAGGGAGUGAGUAAAAGGACCUGGUGGGAUCACUCUAACGACGUUCUGUUUUCCUAGCAAUAUAAAGUUUUGUCGUGUGUUUUUUUCCCCUACUUUCACGCCAGUGUUAUUAUGGCUCUGUAAUAAAGGAUACAGACAACAUGGGACAUUGGUUUAAUUGUGUAGUCCCACCAAGACAACAAUGGCCAAGACGUUGGCUGAUCAGUAAUUUGGUCACGUACAAAGACUUGAGCCAAGGAGAUGUGCCGCUACCGCAGCCAUCUCUCAAGUCAUCUCUCAAGUCGCUUGGGGAAUCAUCUAUUCAAGACAACUAGAGGGCCAGCUAAACAUCCAGAUGUCAAUACGCCGCUCUUUCGUCUCCUUUUUCUACUCACAAGUCGGACGGGGAAACAGAAAGGAAGAAACGUGACCCUAAAGGAAGAAAAAAAAAAAAGAGAGUGUCGAUGACGCAGACCGGAAGUGUCGAGAAAGACUCUGAAUAGCGGCUGAUUGGAAGACACCGUUCAAUCGUAACAUUUCACGACAAUGGCGCUAUUUCCAAAAUUACCUUUUCGCUACAUGGACUUAAGCAUGCGGAUAAUGUUUUCUGAAAAAAAAAAAGUUCUUUACGCCUUAAUAAGAAUCAAAGCAAUGUUCGGCUAUAAGCGAUGUCAAUGGAGCUACAUAAAGGAUGACUUUGUUUUCGUAUUUAAUGCUUGACUUAUCCUUUUGCCCUUACUGUUCUUUUUAAACGGAUUAAAUUAGUGAAACAUAAAAUAGUGGCGUGAAAAGAAAUAAAAGAAUAUUUUCAUUGCAUGAAAUUGAAUUUAACAGUGAAUUUACUAAUAACUUAAAAACAUUAAAAGGGUUUGGAUUUUUCGAACUUAUUAUUGUGUCAUUUUAGAACAACAAGUGCACACUACUCUUGAUCUCAAAACAUGCAAAUAGCGACGUGCAGAAGCCUCAACUCGCUUAAAGAGCAUCUCAGGGGCUGAAUGAGAGACUCGCCCGACUCCUCAAUGACGACGACAUGGUCAGCUCUAUUCUAGGAGACAUUCUAGCCUCUGUCUUGCUGUGUGCUGUAGUGCUACUGGUGCUUGUGGGCAACACGCUCGUGGUGGCAGCAGUGACCACCUCCAGGAAGCUGAGGACAGUCACUAACGUCUUCAUCGUCAACCUGGCCUGCGCUGACCUUCUCCUCGGGGUGCUGGUUCUGCCUUUCUCCGCGGUUCUAGAAAUCAAGGACAUCUGGAUAUUUGGUCACAUCUGGUGUCAGGUUUGGUUAGCUGUUGAUGUCUGGUUGUGCACCGCUUCUAUUCUUAACCUGUGCUGUAUCAGCCUCGACCGCUUCCUUGCCAUCACCAGGCCCAUCAGAUAUCCAGGUCUGAUGUCAGCGCGAAGAGCAAAGACACUCGUGGCAGGAGUCUGGCUUUUCUCCUUCCUAAUAUGCUGCCCUCCUCUCAUUGGCUGGAGCGACACCAGUCAAAACCGACUGGACGAAGGCACGUCACAGUCCCCUCUAAAUACAACACCUGCGGCAGCCACAACACCAGGAAGUAGAUCGUACUGCGACAACUCAUCCUUCGGCGCUAACCACACCCCUCCCUGCAUGAGCGAUUCGGACACAUUCUACAAAACAUGUGAGUUGACCAACUCCCAAGGUUACAGGAUCUACGCUGCCCUCGGGUCAUUCUUCAUCCCCAUGUUGGUCAUGGUGUUCUUUUACUUGCAGAUCUAUCGAGCUGCCAUGAAGACAAUCUCAGCUUAUGCUAAAGGCGAGCUGAAAACAAAAUAUUCCGUCAGAGAAAAUGGUUCCAAGACAAGCUCCGUCACGCUUCGUAUACAUCGUGGUGGUCGAGGUUUGAGUACUUCUGGGAGUGUAUACAGACAAGAUAGUACUUACGGGGGGAGUUGCAGACAUUCUAACGUCAAUGAGGGAGGGGAGUGUUCGACGAAUGGGAGAAGGUACGGCAGGCAGGAGAACGAUGGUCAUCUGUCCAUCAGGAAAUGUAGAAGUAGCGAUAUCAGCUUAGCCGCUCUGACUGGACAUUCCUGUGAAGUGAUAGACAACAGCAGCUCAAGACUCAGUCCAACGUCUGAAAGACUUCAAAGAAACAACAGGUCGUUCUGUUGGAAGGCGGAGAAGAAGAGGUCAGAAGGGAGUCAGAUGUAUCAAGCAGAGAUCCACAAUGGCCGAAGUCCACUUCCUCUUCGGUGCGCCAGUCGGUGUAUAUCUCUGGAAUCCGACGAAAGCUCGUCUGGCGACUGUAAGAUGAAAGUUAAAAAGUCCAGCGACAACUCACGAAAUUCUCAAUUCACGCACGCGCCACUCAUGUCUACACUAUCCUUACAUACUGAGGACUCAGAGACAAUCUACACCCGAGGUUCAUCGAAUUCGGAGUUUAAACCCCGCCGCUCACGCCUCUCCGCGCACAAGCCAGCCAACGCAAUGAGGCUUCACAUGCAGAAGUUUAACCGCGAGAAGAAAGCCGCCAAGACUUUGGCCAUAAUUGUGGGAGCUUUCAUUAUGUGCUGGCUACCAUUUUUCACUAUCUACCUGGUUGGUGCCUUCUGUGAUGGCUGUAUUUCUCCUAUUGUAUUCUCUUUCGCCUUUUGGCUUGGUUACUGUAACUCUGCCAUGAACCCUUGUGUCUACGCUCUGUUCUCGAGAGAUUUUCGGUUCGCCUUCAGAAAACUUUUAACCUGCAAGUGCAAAAUUUGGAACGCGAAUCGAAAUUUUCGUCCCACGACCUCCGAUGUGCCGGCCAUUCAAUUGCAUUGCGCCACUCAGGACGACUUGAAGCAUUCCUCCGAUAUAGGUGUGGACGGCCAGUGGAGAUGAUGUCCAUGUGUUAUAUAGCCAUAGACUUCAUUCGAAAUCUGUCAUACAUGGAUUUAAGAUUGCGCCAAAAAUGGUAAUGAAUGGUAAUUUCGUACAGAAGAAUAUUUUCUUAAGAAACCUGCGCUGGUGACGGACAUAAUUCUCCAAGCGUACAUAAUGUGAUAUUAUCUUUUUAUACGUACAUUCAUUGUUUGUUAUGACAAUUUACUGGGUGUACUUGUCAUCAAUAUUAGCUAAUAAUAGCAGUCCGGCCUUAGAUAAUUGGAGGCACUAGGCGAAGUAAAUACUAUAUCCUCAGAUUAAUGUUUCUCUUGGCUGCACAAUACUUCUAAUUUUUUGAUUAAAUAAACCUAUAUAAAAUAAUUGUUGAUUUUACAAUUUUAGCAAAGAAUGUAGACAGAUAGAAAAUUAUUAUUAUUUUCUUUUUGUAAUGCAUCAAAGUGUCGAUGACUUAAGUCCUUUAAUUACAUGCAUUACUUUCCUAACUUGCACAUCUGGAAUUAAUUUGCCAACAUGUGCUUCUGAUUCUCUCACAUUAUGAAACACGCCUCUCUUAGGGUGCUCAACGUCUUGAUAAAGGGGUCCAGGGGGAGCGGCGAGGUCUGGCAUAAUAUUUUAAAGGGACAAAAAUGUGUACAUUUUUAUUGUAUUUAUAAAUCCAUGCUUGACUAUGAAUCAAAUAAAAUGCUUUCAUUACCAAUGUUUCACAAAAUUAAACUAUUUGAAGUAAGAGACGUUGUUUCAUCCUAUAGGUUGGACCUUUCAACUGUACAUCGAUUUCACGAGAGUGGACUUGCUUUCUCCAGAUCAUGGGGGAUGCCCCAACUGUUAACCAGACAAAGGGAUACGUAAAGGUGAAGGUCUUACUGAACACGAAAAGGGUCUUACAACGCUCAAUCCCAUUACAGACGUACUGCGCUAUUCGCUCUAUGUCCCUCAUAAAUGGUCAGUGCUGCCUCCUUCUUUCUUUAGACUUAAGUUAACAUUUGCCCGUCCCAGCCCUUUUUACCUGACCUUUUAUUUUUAAUAUGCUCUUGAUACUAUGUGAAAAGUUCAUUGCAAACCUUAGAAGAAUGAAUUUCUGAAACUCAUAAUGCAAGAAAAUGAUUGGGUUAGAGCCCCUGGCUAUCUAAAGGUGAAACCUGCACUGUCUCCAAUAGAAUCUCCAUAAAUAUGGUUUUCUAGUGUACAAAACCAAUUACAUUUUUAAAACCCCCCCCUGACCCAACUGUUGGAACUUAAGCGCUCCUCCUGGUAUUGAGGGUCCCACUAGAAAAGUUUGAGAAACACUGGCCUUCAGAUUUCGAUGUUUCUAGUUAUAUCUUCUUGUUUUUAGCAUCAGCUGUUUGAUUUUGUUUUUCUUGAUUUCAAUGCGAGAAUGUAUAACAUGUUUUUGAAAAUAA